CGAGUGAGGGACUUCAAGAAGCGCAGAACGCGACGCCGCUGAGAAACACAGAACACUAUUUAGAUGUCGGCUGCUCGGAGUGUCGUCUGCUGCAUAUGCCGCCCGCCCUAGAAAUGCACAGACAGUCGGAUAACUUUUAGUUUUAUUUCUCUCCCUUGACAAAAACUAUUACAUGUUACUUUGAGAAAGGUGUUUCAUUGAGAGUAAAUUGUUGGAAACUGUCUCACUGAAUUUCAAGGGGAGGUGUUUAGGAACUGCCGAGUUUGGUGACAGGAAGAUGAACUGGAUAUCACAUUUUACUUCUGACAUCAACAUUCAUCCUCGCCAACGUUGACGACUACGUCUGUUGCUGGGAUGGACGUGCGCACGCGACGUCUCCUACAUGUCCUGGCCUGGCUCCACAUCUCUGGGGUGUCCGGAGGGUCGUUCAUCACUACAGUCGAUUAUGGGCUGACGACGUUGGCCACAAACACCACCAACACUGCCAACUGUGUGUGUGACUGCAGCAUCUACACAACAUUUGUCGCCAACAUGACCAAAGAGCAGCUUGAGAUGGAGAUUAAACGAAUACAAAGCAGACUCUUACUCAAUAAGGAAAACAUUUCCGCCACAGUCCGGAAGCGCAUCAGUGUCCCGGACUAUCGCCCGUCCGCGCAGUCCAUUGGCUAUGUGGGGGUCCUGGUUCUCGUGGCGUCUCUCGGUAGCAUCGUCGUCCUUGACUUUACGUCGUUGUUACGCGAUGUCAAGGUUGCAGUCGCCAAUCUGAGAAAGCUGAUGACCCGGGACGACAUGGGCGACACGACCUACCACAGCGUCACAGCGGGGGCGGGAGUAAACAGGCCAGGCCGCGCUGAGGAGGACAAUGUUCGUUUAUCCAUUAACUGAUUUCAGAUUUCAUGGAUACCAUUUUUAUAUACGUGAUGAUAUUUUUUUAACUGACUGUACCAGUUAUCAACAUGUCUGCAGACUAUGUGCGAUGCAACACGUGAGUUCUCCGACUUGACAAUACUGCCGCAACAGCACGUGUAAGGAGAUGUUCAAAGAGGUGUUGGUGGGUGGGGGUUAUAUCGAUGCACAAAUAGGAAGGGUGGCUGUUAGAGAGCAUAUAACAUUGGCAUUACGUGGUGACCAUGAACGAAUCCAUGAUGAGGUGAUAUUGGACCGGCUAUUGACUGGGAUGAAACACGGACGGUAACCUGGAGUGAAAUCGAUGUUGUACAUUUUCAUAACUGUUAU